AUGAAUGCUGCAAUCCUAAUGAAGUCACCCUUCUCAGGCCCGACGAAUGACAAACAAAGCACGGCACACUCGAAGCAUGGAAUGCUUGCAUUGACCCUUCAUAGGUGCCAAUCGCCAAUAUUAGGGAGCAACAAUUGGUUUGUGCAGUGUAAUUUUUACCUCUUCAAAGAACUUCUGGUCGAGCUUAUCGGCAAUUCUCGCAGAGGUGAUAAUGGUGACCGCGAGAAGAGAAAGCGGGAAGACGAAGGCAAAUAUGUAGCUGCUGGCGCUGGGACCCGCACGAGUCACCACCGAAAUUCCUCUCGGGCUCGCUUUCCGGCGGCUAACUUGCAAAAUUGGCCCGAUUGUGCGGCCCUUUACCGGCGUCUGCGUUGUUGGCUGCUUGUCGGCGGUGGGGAUAAGGCGAGGAAUAGCGAAAGUAGAGAGUGA